AUGACCGGGGUGCGGUUCAGCAUGAGCCCACUGGCGUACCGGCGUGUCAUAUGGGAGGAUGUGUGCGCCCUGGCAGAAGGACGGCUGAUCGGCGAGCUCACGACAGCUGGGCAUGAGAUCCCUCCUGGGAAUGAGAUUAGGAAACCACCUGAGCUUGAGGUGAUUGGUGAUGAGGUGGAGGAUAGGGAGUGGAGAGCGGAGAUGGCAGAACGGAUGCAUAGGCUGGAGGUUCGCAACGAGAGGGAGGGACAUGGUGAUGUGGGAGGGGACGCUGCAGGAGAGGGACAUGUUGGUGUGGGAGGGGACGCUGCAGGAGAGGGACGUGUUGAUGUGGGAAGGGACGCUGCAAGGGAGGGACAUGGGGAUGCGGGAGGGGAUGCUGUAGGGGAGGGACAUGUUGAUGUGGGAUAG